CCCUUGUUUCCUCAGGAGGAAAGAGACGUGAGCAGAGACGGGCUUGGUACUGUGCUGCCAUGGAGACCAAGCAGGAACCAUCAGCCGUGUGGAGUCAGACCGUUAAUAAUGACUCAAACAACCCGGCGCAGGUGCAUUUUGAGGGCGGCACCGUGGCCCAGAUCGUGUACAGCGGCGAUCAGGUUGACAGGGGAGAGCAGCAGGUGGUUUACACAGCAGACGGAAACUCGUACGCCUCAGUGGAGUCUGGAGAGCACACGCUGGUCUACAUACACCCUGCAGAUGGCAGUCAGGCGGUGUUUGCUGAUCAGCCACAAGUGGCGUACAUCCAGCAGGACGGCACCACCCAGCAGGUUGCGGUCUUGCUGCCUGGUGGACAGAACAUGAACGCCGCCAACCUGCACGUUCUCAGUAACGUAGCGGAGGCUCCACAGGCCAUCCUGGAGCCGGUGUCCCAGGAGCAGCUGUCGGUUCCUAACUCGCUGGCAGCGAUGCCUGACAUGACGGAUCCUCCCAGCAGCCCCCUCGGACCCACAGACUCCACAGAUGAUUAUGAAGAAGAUGAAGAUGAAGACUCAGAGAUGGACGACUGGGAGCCGCGGCAGCGUCAGUCAUUCGACCCACACAGCCUCUGGUGUGAGGAGUGUAGUAAUUCCAACCCCUCCGUCUGUCUGGCCCACGGUCCUCUGCAUCCCGUCCCCAACCGGCCGGUGUUGUCCAAGGCCAGAGCUAGUCUGCCUCUGAUCCUCUACAUCGACCGCUGUCUGGGCGGGGUGUUCUCCAAGAGACGUAUCCCCAAACGCACCCAGUUCGGUCCGGUGGAAGGUCCGCUGGUCUCGCAGAGCGAACUGCAGGAUCACUACAUUCACCUGAAGCUGUGCGCCCUCAAUGGAGAGAAGGAUGGAGAGAGAUCCAAUGGCGUGUGGUUUGAGCUUUCUGAUGAAGAUAGCUGUAACUGGAUGAUGUUCGUGAGACCUGCCCAGAAUCACCUGGAGCAGAACUUGGUGGCCUAUCAGUACGGCUCUGAAAUAUUUUACACCACCAUCAAGAACAUCCAGCCCAAGCAAGAGCUUAAGGUGUGGUAUGCUGCAUCUUAUGCUGAGUUUGUAAAUCAGAAGAUCCACGACGUUACAGAAGAAGAGAUGAAAGUGCUCCGAGAGCAGGAGAAGAACUGGCCGUGUUACGAGUGCAACCGCCGCUUUGUGAGCUCGGAGCAACUGCAGCAGCAUCUUAACAUGCACGACGACAAGCUCCACUCCGUCACCAGAUCCAGAGGCCGGGGCCGAGGAAGAGGCAGGAAGAGAUUUGGAACGGGAAGAAGACCCGGACGUCCCCCUAAGUUCAUACGUCUAGAUCCGCCUGUGGACAGCAGUGGGGACAAGACGACAGAAAUGCUGGAGCUGACGGAGAAGCCGCUGGAGGAGCAUGUAGAAGCAGCUCAGAACGGGCUGAAGGAGGUGGAGAUGGAGCCGGCGGCGGAGCCAGAGACCGAGGCCGAGGCUCAGCUUGUCCCCUCUGCGGAGGAACCAGUCCCAGAGUCCAUCUCGAUGCCGUCCAGUGCAGACCUGCAGGCUCCCAUGAAGGAGGACCCGGCGCCGGACAGCCAGUCCGACGCCCAUCUCACGUCGCAGGACAUCCGGCGGGCCAAGAGAAUACGGAAUGCAGCGCUGCAGCACCUUUUCAUCAGGAAGAGUUUCCGUCCUUUCAAAUGCACGCACUGCGGCAAGGCCUUCCGGGACAAGGACAAGCUGGACCAGCACCUGCGGGUCCACGGCCGAGACGCCUACACCUUCUCCUGCCACGUCUGCAGCAAGAGCUUCGUGAGCGACUCGGCCCUGGAGGACCACCUGCUGGUGCACACGGAGAACCGCUCGUACUCCUGCCUGCUGUGCCCCGACACGUUUGACCGGCUGGAGCUGCUCAAAGACCACGUGGAGGUUCACUCUGUGGACGGCUGCUUCACCUGUCCCACCUGCAAGAAGACGUUUAGUGAUUUCAUCCAGGUGAAGAAACACAUACGCUGCUUUCAUUCGGAGAAAAUCUUCCAGUGCACAGAUUGUGAUAAGGCCUUCUGCCGGCCCGACAAGCUCCGGCUGCACAUGCUGCGCCACUCUGACCGCAAAGACUUCCUCUGCUCAACAUGUGGCAAACAAUUCAAGAGGAAAGAUAAGCUCCGGGAGCACAUGCAGCGAAUGCACAAUCCAGACAGAGAAGCCAAGAAGGCCGACCGGAUCCACCGCUCCAAAACCCUCAAGAUGAAGGUCCCCACCACCGACUUUGAGAGCUUUGUGUUCAAGUGCAGACUCUGCAUGAUGGGCUUCCGGCGCAGAGGGAUGCUGGUUAAUCACUUGUCUAAGCGCCAUCCAGAUAUGCGUAUUGAUGACGUGCCUGAGCUAACGCUGCCAAUUAUCAAACCCAACAGAGACUACUUCUGUCAGUAUUGUGACAAGGUGUAUAAGAGUGCCAGUAAAAGGAAAGCUCACAUACUGAAAAACCAUCCCGGGGCAGAGUUGCCUCCCAGCAUCAGGAAGCUGCGUCCCGCUGCUCCCGGAGAGCCCGACCCCAUGCUGAGCACGCACACGCAGCUGACCGGGACCAUCGCCACGGCCCCGGUCUGCUGCCCGCACUGUGCCAAACAAUACAGCAGCAAGACUAAGAUGGUACAGCACAUCAGGAAGAAGCAUCCGGAGUUGGCCCACCUGGGAGGCAGCAUACAGACGCCCAUGACCGCAGCUGUGAUCAGUAGUUCUCCUGCCGUCAUCAGUGCAGACGGCACCACGGCCGAGGCUGUAGUGACCACAGAUUUGCUGACCCAGGCCAUGACGGAGCUUUCUCAAACACUAACCACAGACUACCGAACGGCGCAGGGAGACUACCAGCGAAUCCAGUACAUCCCCGUCUCUCAGGCGGGAGGCGGCCUGUCCCAGCCGCACAUCCAGCUGCAGGUGGUCCAGGUGGCUCCGGCUUCUUCGCCAAACUCUCAGGCACCGGCGGUAGAUGUGGGUCCGCUGCAUGACCCUCACGGCUACAGUCAGCACUCCAUCCAGGUGCAACAAGUCCAGGUCUCUGAGCCUUCAGGGACUGGACCAAGCUCCAGCCAGGGUCCCGGUCGGCCUCUCAGCCCCACUUCCCAGCAAACCAGUCAGGACCUGAGCCCUGCCCAGUUAACCCCAGUCACUUUAGCUCAGAGUCACACCCUGCAGCCCAACAGCAGCCAGCAGCAGGGGACGGUUCAGCACGCCUACAUACCCGGGAACUGGAACUACAGAGGUUACCCAUCGGAGAUCCAAAUGAUGGCUCUACCUCAUGCACAGUAUGUGAUAGCUGAGACCAGCACCCCUGUAACUGGAGGCAGCAGCAACCAAGUGAAAACGACGCACUACGUUAUCUCCGAGGGUCAAGGGGAACUGGAGACGAAACAGAGCACGCCGCAGAGCACAAGCCAGGCCCAGACCGAACAUCUGGAGCAACAGCCGACGACUCAGCAAGGCACCACACAGUACAUCAUCACCACAACCACCAAUGGUGGUGGGACGAGUGAAAUUCACAUCACAAAACCUUGAACUGUACGGUGAUGAACUUCACAGAUCCAGCACAGACCUGCAAACCAAUCGUGCAUGGCUCACUCGCCGGCUUGUAGACACUCGACGUAUAUGGGUGAAGGUUUGUGUGCAUGCAGAGACAAAGUAGACCAGUUUUAUGUGUCUGAAUGUUGACUGAACUGUUGCAUUGCAAGCUGCUAGACCUUUAUGAGGAAAAAAACUAAAAUAAAGGACAAAAUGUGAAGUUUUAUUUUUAAAAGAGUAAAUACUGAAUAGUCGACUGAACAUGUUUUGAAUAUGUGCUCUAGGGCUGCAGAGUAGAUUUACUAUAUAUUUUUUAAACAUCACUGAAACAUUGAAGAAGUGGAGUGAUUAGAGGGUCAGUCCAGAAACAGAUUUGAAUGAUAAUUUUUUAUUAUUAUGGUACAUUAUGGACAUAUCUGUAAGUAUUUUAUUUGCAAAUGACAUGAAAUGUGGAGAAACGCACUAUUAAACCUGUUACAAACA